AUGUCGCCAGCGUUCAAUUCCGGGGACUCGUUCUCCACCCGCCGCGACUUCGCGCUCGCCGUGUGGAACUGGGCAGCGCAAGAAGGCUACGCCUUGCACCAUGAGGUCGCCAAUCCCACCCGCGACGCAUUCACCUGCGCCGAGAAGCAUGUCCCGAAGUACGUCCGCGACACUCGCGUUACUUGCGCCUUCCUUCUCACCGCCACCUGCAAGUCCGGCGAACUCGACUGGACCGUCUCGACUUGCGACCUCGAGCACUCGUGCGAUCCCGUCAUCCGACUUCGCAGGAUGGACGACAGCAGGCGGCGUGCUCGAAAGAAAGUCCAGGCGCUGAGCGAGUCAUCGGAGGAGACGAAGAGGGAGACCAGCGGUGGGCACGUCGAAGAACAGGAUGACGGGACAACCUCUGAGUUGGACCGCCCGGUGGAUGACGGGAGGAACGCGCGCAGCGGCGGGAAGACCCAGCACCGCUCUUCUCAGCGUCUAAAGGACAAGCAGAGCAAGGACGGGAAGAAGACUGUGAAGUUGCCGCCUGAGCUGGAGUUUCCCACAGCAGCCGAGCUUCGCGACGACAUCCAGGAAUGCAUCGAGGCUGGCGAAACUUCGCUUCCGUCGCCGGACGAAGACUUCGCUGAGGGCUAUCGCCUCGCCGCCCGUCUGCACACCUUCGCACAGACACAGGGCUUCGUCAUUCGCGCAGUCAAGGUCGGCUCCUACCGCUGUGCCAAGUCCCAAUGUCCCGUCCGACUUGCUGGUCGUUGGGACGCUGACAGGGAGGUAUGGAGGCUUACGGAGCAGAAUCUCGACCAUUCGCAUAUCAUUUCCGGCAGCGACGGUGGCGCGGAUGCGAUGGAUGUGCGGGGCGACGCCGACAAGGAGAUUGGACGACUUGGAUCGAAGACGGCCGCUACCACCGCCACAGCCUCGCCGACGCCAGGCGCUCCCCUCUUCGAGACUGAAGAGGAGCAGCAAGCAUCACAGUCAUCGCCGCAUUCUGCCCUCCCCCCGACUCCUCGCCACCGAAAGACGCCCGCUCCAUGCUCCCCUCUUCCCUUCGACCUCGAGUGCAACGCCGGGCCAGCCCCGAAGGAUGAUGGACCUGCGCACGAGCAGACUCCACGUCUUUCACCGACGCCUUCGUGUCGCCCGAUCAGACGCCGCCACUCUUCGCCCUCCCCUUCUUUCCCACACCAGACCGCCUUCGCCGACGCUCCAUCUCAACUCAAGAAACCCCGCCUCACCAUCGACACCCAGUACGAAGCCCCCAAGCACCAGCCGCCGACCCCUCGCAGCGACUUCCUUUCCUUCGACCACCUCGACUCGGAACUCGGCACCCUCCCCUUCAAGGACUUGCUGCUCGGCAAGGGCGGCAUCACCUCCGUUUCGCAUCUCGCUCGCCUCGCCGCUUUCGACGGCGGCUCGCUCGGAGACUUUGUCGCAGGCUUCAAGCUCAGCGAGCACAAGAUCAACGGUGUCGACCACUCUCCGCUCGUCGAGCGCUUCGUCAAGGCUCUCAAGAAAGCCGUCGCGCGCGACGCAGCGCAACUCGCUUGA